GCGUGUAGUCUUGUCGGACAGUAGUGCACUGGGGCAAUAAUGUAGUUUGCUGUGGCAGACGAAGAAGUGAACACCUCGCCCUACGAACCGUCUUCCUCAUCUGUGUUUCUUCAGAAACAAAACUCACCAUGGCUCCUCGAAGCUAACCCGCUGGAUGUUGGGAAUCUACUCUAAAAACUUGAUCUGGACGAGGAGCGAAGCGCAUUCCCGCAGGACUCCAAGGUUGCGCUCUUACCAUCAUCAGAAGCCUAAUCAAGAUGGCCUGUAACAUAGAUUGUCCCCGUUGGAUCAACUUGGAAGGAGGAUGUGUGUUGCCAUGGUAAUAAUUUUGAAGAAAACACUGGAAAAGAAGGGCGCCGACGAUGUAACAGCCUCACGUGCAAACUUGGGCCCGUUCCAGGCACAGACCAUGAGCCAAGGUGCUGCACUUUUCUCCUGUGGACUCAUGGAGAGGAGCCGAUGGCACGACGGACCUCACAGCUACUCCAUACGGCAGAGGCCAGUUGGGACCAGCCUGGAAAGCCUGUGGGACGUCCUGCCGGAGGUGCACACAAGCUCCGCCCAAUGGGACUGGGACGUUAGCUCUGCUUCCAGCACGCUCACCAGCCUGCUGCAGGACUUGAGUCUGACCGAGGCCUCGUCCUCGCAUGUCACGGCGCCCCCAAGCAAGAGACAGUGUCGGUCCUUGUCUUGCUCCGACGAGCUGGGGGGCUGCCGCUCCACCUGGCGUCCGCAGGGCUCUCGGGUGUGGACGACGGUGGAGAAGAGGAGGUGCCACAGUGGCGGCAGCGUCCAACGCAGUAGUGUCGGAAACCUGCAGCUGGCGUUCCCCGCCAUGCAGCGCAGCUCCAGCUUCAGUCUGCCCGCCCGCUCCAACGCCUUGGAGGCGCCGUCUUUCACCCAGCACUUACCCUACGCCUUCACCAGCCUGACCCACUCGUCCUCCAUGCCCCUGGCGUCCGACCCUUCAGCGCAGCCCCUCUCCCUCUCUAAUGAACAGAUAUGUGUCCCCGAGCCGCGUGGACCUUCACCACCGAGUUCUCCAGACUCCACUCCCGAGCUGGAGCGCCGCGGCGGGCAGGGCGGUCUGGCCCGGAGUCGCUCUCAGCCGUGUGUGCUCAAUGAAAAGAAGAUUGGCGUGAAGCGCAGAAGACCAGACGACACGCACAAACAGAGGCCUUCACUGGAUCUGGCAAAGAUGACCCAGAAACUUCACAGCUUCCACAGCCUUAGCUGCCCUGGAAUCACGGGCGAGGAGACCUGUGAUUCGGCGCCCCCUCCCAGGGGCGCCCCCCAGCGCGACGCCGUCAACUCACUUGCACAUGAGCACAACUUAAAAGAUUUCCAGCCCCAAGAGGGCGACUUUAACGGGAACAAGUCGUCGGAUCCUAUCACAGAGGAGGUGGACUGGAACUCUGCCGACUGUGAUGAGAGGACGCCGGAAACCUCCAACGGGAAGGACACUGAGCCUUUGUGGGCGGGGCUUUGCAGCAUGAAGAGGGACAUGUACCAACUGGGAGGAGAGCUCGACAUCGAGCAAAUUGAAAGAAACUGAGCUGAUAGAGCUUCAUCACAGGGUGGUACGAUGAGCAGAACUCAUAGUCUUAAGGACGAAACAAGUGGAAAGCUAAUGCUAACUUUUUUUUUUUUAAGAGACUGAUUAGGAGCUUUGUGCGAUAUUUUUGGGGACUUGAUCGUUCUUGUGUCUUAGGAUAAUAAAUCAAUGUCUAAGAAUGACUAGGAAACAUGGAAAAAAUGCAAUUUAGGAUCCCAAAGUUCAGAGUUUGGGGUUCUAACUUUUGUUUAACCUCCAUUUGCCUAACAGUGCUUUGCUUUGGAGAGAAUUCACAGCCGGUUUCUAUCAAUUCUCUGCACUAAAAGGAGUUUUUCUUUGAUGCUAAAACCACAAGCACACAAAGAAAUGGACGCUAUACCCUCCCGUCCCUAUCUGAACACACAACUCUGGGAUGACGAGCUCAACAUGACACGUCUUGACAUUGAGAUCCUAAUGGUGUUCAUGUUCUUUCUACGAUUUGUUAAUACAAAGUUAUGCAAAAGUAUAAUUUCUAUACAAAUAAACACAGUUUCAAAUGUGUCACUUGUAAAUU